AUGGCAGCGGCGAAUAAAGAAAAUGCAGUUUCCGAUGACCUGAACUACGAAGAGUGGGCUCCGACGGUGAAAAAAAGACUAGUGCAGAGUGGACUUUGGAAUGUCGUUGCUAACGGAGUCCCUCCAGAUCCAAAAGAGUUCCCGGAGUUAUCGGAGACCAUGAAGGUCGAAGAGCUUGCACAAUGGAGAAACUGUGCGAUCAAAGACCAGAAAGCGCUAAAGAUACUGCAAUCUUCUCUCCCAGAUUCCGUUUUCAGAAAGACUUUCUCGGUUGCUUCCGCCAAGGAUCUAUGGGAUAUGCUCAGAAUCAGUAACGACGAAGCCAAGAGUCCUAAGUUAGAGAAGACAUUCAAAGAUCUCACGAUGUAUGACGGAGAACCCAUGGAUUUGUACUUGAACAGAGUGAUGGAUAUCGUCGACGAGGUUCGCCGUUGGGGAAAUCCGAAAUCGGAUGAUGAAGUUAUCACGAAGCUCUUGACCACGCUUGCUUGGCCAUACGAUGAGGCUUUUCCUGUGGUUGAUGAGAUCAUGAGUCUCCCUGAUAUGACUCUUGAAGAUCUGAUUUCGGUUUUGGAGAUGUUUGGAGAUCGUCCUGUGGAAUACACGAUUACGGAGUUGAAGAAGUUUUACACAAGUCUUAAGAAAGAAAAGUCUGAGCAGAUGUGGUGUUGCUUGUGCAAGAAGUACGAUCACAACCAACAAGACUGUUAUCCAGGUGGUGGAGUUAGAGAGCAAUGCCAUCAAUGUGGAGAAAGAGGGCACUUUGCGAGAGAUUGCAAGAGAAAGAACGAAAAGCCUGAACAUUUGGUGUUAACGGCGACUGUAGGGGAUAUCACUUUCGAUGAGGAUAUGUGGAUGGUAUACACUGCUGCUACGUAUUUGAAGUAUUUCACCAGUCUAGACAGAACGUACAGGGCUCGUGUUGGAAUGGGUAACGGAACGGUUGUCUUGGCGGAAGGGAAAGGAGAUGUCAAGAUCACGGUGAAAGGAGUGAGGAUGUUGAUCAAGAAUGUGCUUUUCGUUCCAGGGAUCAACAGAAACGUGUUGAGUUUUGGUCAGAUGACAGAAAGAGGCUAUUCGAUGGAGAUGGGUGGAGGGGAAUGUACUAUUAGAGAUGAGACUGGGAAAGUAUUUGCUAACACUAGGUUGGAGGACAGAGGCAUUGCUCUUCGUUUGAAGGUGAUAACGUAA